UUUAUUUUAUAUCCUUUUUAACUUUUUCCAUCCUUUUUUGCUGCAUUUUUUACAUCCCUUUUUCAUCCAUCAUUUUUUCAUCAUCUUUUGCUGCAUUCAAAAUCAUCAUUUGCCUCUCUUUCCUUUGAGUUAUUGGCAGCUUAGCCAUCUGUAAAACGAAAUUUGGUGAUAUUAUAGCUGCCAACCAAGCUGGCAACCAAUCAAAGGAAAGAGAGGGAAAGGAGUGCCACAAGCGUUCAACACAUUUUAUCCAUAACUUACUUAAUAUUCUAUUUCUAAAUUUUCAAACAAAUAAUAUUUUUAAAAAUUUGAUCUUUAAGUGAUCAAAAAAUUAUGGAAUUUGUUUUGCACAACAGAAAAGACACAAAAUUAGCACCUUCAGAAAUGUACUCAAAACUUGGGGCAAAAUCAACAACGAAACCAAUUAAAAAUAAUCUCAAACAAAAACAACCCCAAAAUUCACUCAAUUCUUGGCUCUCAUUUUCUUUCACUUUUAAAAAACUUGGAAUUUGCACCUUAUUCAUUUUAUUUAUUUAUGCACUUAUUUCUUCCCUGAUUGAACGAGAGUACUUUACGGAAAGUAAAAUACCUUCGCAAAGGUAUUUUUUAGUUUAAUUCUUUCGAAACUGGUUUCCCUUGUUUUUCAAGUGUUUUUAAACAAAUACUAUUAUAUUAUGAAAUUCAUGCGCGGGUUUUAAAAAUUUUUUACAAUAAACAUAAGACCAAAACAAAAAAAAAGUAAUAGGAAUUAAAAAAUAGUAGUGUAGAGGGCAAACUAAUAACCUGAGAUUUGACGAAUAAAAAAUAAUGUGGACAUUAUCGAAGACUAAAAUUUGGCAAAAAUAUGAAGGUACA